ACAUAACAAUCCAGCUGACUCUCCUCGUCAUUCUGAGAAAGAGGAUAGUCGCUUGGCUGCUGUACGUACGUUCGUGUAAGCGAGCUAUCAAGCGGAGGCCCCGCAUGUACCCAUGGCUGUGGCCAGCGCACCGAACCGGCGAGUAUUACCGUAGCACGAAUACUAUAAAGAGGGUGCUAUGGUAGCUGAGGGGUCUGACUAUUUGUAGUAAAAGCAGUCCAUAUAGAAAAUUGCUCGACCACGAAAUUAGAAGUCAAACAUCGUUAGCACCCUUGAUAAUUUCUCUUUUUCAGCACCACGAUGGCCACCCUCCGACAACUGCACCUACCUCUCCGCCUUCUUUCCAAGCCUCUUCUAACAGCUUCCUCCCGGCGCUUCAUCUCAACCCAACAAUCCCCCAAGCCCAAAACCCCCAUUAAAUCCGCCAUCAUCACCGGCGCCGCCCGCGGCAUCGGCCGCGCCAUCGCCCAUCGCCUGGCCGCCGACGGCUACGCCCUCACUCUCAACGACCUUCCCUCCUCCUCUUCCUCCUCCUCUUCCUCUUCCUCGUCAUCCGACCCCGACGACGCCCUGACAUCCCUCUGCCACACCCUCCACUCCCUCGGCUACCCCAACAUCCACCCCUUCCCCGCCGACAUCACCUCGCCCGACUCCGUUUCCGCCCUCAUCUCUUCCCAUGUUUCGGUUCACGGCUCUCUUUCAACAAUGGUCGCCAACGCCGGCAUCGUCGCCGCCCAACCCCUUCUCACCGUUACCCCGCAGGACCUUGUCCGCAUGUUAACCAUUAACGUCGUUGGCGUCUUCAACUGCUACCGCGCCGCUGCCGAGCAAAUGAUCAAACAAGGCACCUCGGGAAAAUUGAUCGGCGCGUCCAGCGUGGCUGGGCUGAGGGGUUUGCCGAUGUUUGGACCGUAUGUGGCGAGCAAGUUUGCGGUUAGAGGAUUGACACAGACAUUUGCGGCCGAGUUGGCGGCGGAGGGGAUCACGGCUAAUGCGUAUGCACCGGGGGCGGUGGACACGACCAUGUGGGAUACGAUUGCGGAGGGGGUGAUAAAGGCGGGAGGGGGGAUCGCGGAGGAGGAAGGAGCGAAGGCCCAGGUGAGCAAGCGCUUUGUGGACACACUGGUGCCGUUGAAGAGGUCGUGUACGCCGGAGGAAGUGGCGGGUUUGGUUGGGUUUUUGGCGAGUGAGGGGGCGGAUUAUAUUACCGGCCAGACGUAUGCUGUUGAUGGAGGGUUAUGUUUGACUUGAGAGAGGAGGGGAGCUGCCCUGCACUGGGGAGAAGGCGAAUUGGGGGUAUUGACCCCUAACCCUUAUCUACUUGUUUAUCCUUAUCACUUACACCCAUUGUCACUUUUCCAAUUUCGGAUUUUGGCUGUAGGUAGGUAUGUGUGGGGUCCUCGGGCCGCCCGCGCUUGCACCGACCGGUGUGUCCCGUCCUUCCAGCCCCAAUGUCUAACAGUGGAAGUGGAAUACACCAUUGAAAGAUAGAGGUACAGAUUAUUUCGUCAAACUCUGUUCCAUUCGAUGACCUCAAGUGUAUAUAUGGUAAUGUUACCUACGCCAGCUAUACGGCACGACGAUCAUAUCACAA